AUGGGUGGACCAACAAACGAACAAAGGAGACAUUCAUCACUCAGUGAUACACCACUUGAAAGCAAUGUGCUUCGCAAAGUAGCCAGUUUAACUCUUGAAAGGUCUACACUCGACCAGAAAGUCGCCCGCCCCAAGUUUGUACCGGAAAAACUUGAUUUUCAACUUUACGAAAAAUUUGAAGGUCAAAUGCUAGUGAAUUGGUUGCUAUCUACAUACUCGAGUGAAAAUUACCUGAAGAACAUCUUACAGGUCAAUGAGUGGAAGUUAAUAAUCAUUCAAUUCUGUACCCAUCUUGUUGCUGCUGGAGUCCUGCGCCAACUCUCUGACAAGGAUGCUCCUUUGGAAUCUUUUUUCAGGCCCGAUCUUAUGUACUAUUGGGCACAUACAGAAGCUGUCAGUGUGGCACCACCCACACCAGGACGACUAUCAACAAUAUCCUGGCCACCUACAUCAGAAGAAGUAGUUAAUGGUAAAUCUCCUUUAGAUGAUAGUGUGAGGAGUGACCCAGAAGUUGACCUGAUAACAUUAAAUCGAAAGUUGAAAGACCAAAGUGAAAUAAUAAACAACCUUCAAAUCACUAUAGACAAACUUAAUCAGGAAAUUGACAAAACGAAGACGCUAGCAGAUAUUGAAAAAUUGAACCAACAGAUGAAAGAAGAUUUUCCAACAAAACUGAACACUGAUGAUAUAAAAACAGCUAGAAGUGCUAUUGUCGUAGAGAUGGUUGAAAAAUCUGUUCAAUGCACUGUAGAGAAUCAGUCUAGAAAGACAUCCACAACUGAUCCAGAUUUAGUAACAAAAUCGACACAGACGGUGAUUUCCGAGUGUAGUCCGACAGCUACAAAACAGAGUGUUUUUGUCAAUGAAAAGCCAAUCACACAAAACACAACAAUUAUAAAAGUGACUAGCCGUAGUGAAGUAAAAAGUAGUGUACUUGAAAUUGUUCCAAUUUUAACAAGUACAAUCGAUAAUGGAGGUAAAACAAUAUCCAAAUUGAAUGAUACAUCGAAGGAGGAAGAAGCAUCGAGUAAAAAAACUGCACCAGUUACUCGAACAAAAGGCGAAACACCAAAGCUUACAGAAAGUGGUGCACAUCCCCCACCACCACCUCCACCUCCACCACCACCACCUCCAGCUGGAGCUGAAAUAUCACUUUCAGCUACAAUUACCUCACCACUACCUCAACAAAAACACCCAGUACCUGUAACAAGUCCAAUACAAUCCCCACCUGAAAAGGGUACUUCUUCACCUACCCAAUCAUCUAAAAAGGAUGCUGUUUCACCUUGUAUGGGGCCUCCACCACCUCCUCCCCUACCUGCAAUAGACACUCCUUUGCACCCUCCUCCACCUGGAAUAGGCCCACCCCCACCUCCAUCACCUCCAGUUAUGGGACCACCUCCACCUCCACCACCACCAGGUAUGGGCCCUCCUCCACCUCCACCACCACCAG